UAGUCGAUCCGCGGCCCUUGCUAGCGCGCCACGUUCGGCCCAUGCUUACCGGCGUUCUUAGUCUUACCCUGUUUAUAAAACACAAACAGUGGUGCUUUGUGAACUUGUAUGCUGAAUUUUUAAUCUGUAUAAUCCGCCGUCACCUCGCUGUAAAGGAAUGUGGACUUACACGGGCCGCUGGUGACAAUGUCUGGCAUGGAGGUCGGGGUGAACCGGCAGCUGGGCCGCGCGCACUUGUCGCACCUGCCGCAGCGGCCGCCGCUCGACUUGAGCUUCCAGGACCUCACCUACACCGUGCAGAACGGACGCAGUUCUAAGCUUAUCCUUCGCGGGAUCACGGGAGAGUUCCGCUCAGGGCAGCUAACAGCCAUCCUUGGGCCCUCGGGAGCCGGCAAGAGCACGUUGCUCAACAUACUAGCAGGAUACAGGGUAAUAGGCGCCAGCGGACAAAUAUGCACGAACGGCGAGCCGCGAAACUUGCGGCAGUUCCGCAAACUGUCGCGGUACAUCAUGCAGGAAGAUCUGCUGCAGCCGCUCAUCACGGUGCAGGAGGCCAUGGUCAUCGCGGCGGACCUCAAGCUGGGAGGGGAAGUUAAUAGGAAGAAGAAAGGGGUUAUUGUAGAAGAAAUCGUGCAGUUGCUGCGGCUGAGUAAGGCUCGCGACACAGUGACGGAGCGGCUGUCGGGCGGCGAGCGCAAGCGGCUCGCCAUCGCGCUGGAGCUGCUCAACAACCCGCCCGUCGUGUUCCUGGACGAGCCCACCACCGGUCUCGACGACGUGGCAUCCUCAACGUGCGUGUCGCUGCUGAAGCGUGUGGCGCGCGGUGGGCGGACCGUGGUGUGCUCACUGCAUACGCCGUCCGCGCGGCUCUUCGCCGAAUUCGACCACGUGUACAUCGUAGCGGGCGGACGCUGCGCCUACCAGGGCACCUCGGCUGGCGUCGUGCCUUUCCUUAGCGAACUCAACCUUAUAUGCCCGACGACCUACAACCCGGCUGACUUUGUUAUAGAAGUGUCAAGCGGCGAGUACGGGUCGCACGUGGACCGCAUGGUGGCCGCGGUGGAGAACGGGCGCAGCCAGCACUGGCGCGACUGCGCCGCGGCGCCCGCCGACCGCGACGACAUCGAGCAGCUCAACGCGGGCGGCGUAGAAGAACACACAUACACCUACGGCAGCACCUCGACACAGCAGUUCUGUAUACUGUUGAGGCGGAUGCUGUUGCAGACGUUUAGAAAUCGGGGCUACCUGCAGCUGCGCGUGGGCCUGCACCUGUUCCUGGGCUUCAUCAUCGGCACGCUCUUCAGCAAGAUGGGCUACGACGCUUCCAAGACCAUCUUCAACUUCGGCUUCUGUUACGCCUGCAUCAUCGCCAUGUUCUACAUCCCUAUGAUGCCUGUGCUUUUGGCUUUCCCAACAGAAGUCCAAUUGGUGAAGCGGGAGUACUUCAACCGCUGGUACGGCCUGAAGCCAUACUACGCGGCGCUGGUGGUGUCUCGAACCCCGGCCACCGUGGCCUUCAGCCUGCUGUACCUGUGCAUCACAUACCCGCUCACAUCACAGCCCAUGGAGCUAGACCGGAUACUAAUGUUCACCUCCAUCUGUAUCAUGGUGGCGCUCAUCUCCGAGUCUAUGGGAACGGUCAUAUCUUCAACGUUGAAUGUCGUUAACUCAGUAUUCAUGGGCCCAGCACUGAGCGUGCCCCUGAUGCUGCUGGCGGUAUACGGCAUUGGCUACGGCGAUAUGCCAGCGCCGCUAUUCUGGCGGAUGGCGCGCGCCUGCUCGUUCAUGCGCUAUGGGAUCGAAGGGCUGGUGGUGGCCAUCUACGGCCCGCCUCGGGACGACCUGAUAUGCCCGGACCAUGUGGACUACUGCGAGUACAAGAAUGUCAAGUACUUCGUAAAGCUGAUGGGCAUGUCAGGCGUCUCGUUCUGGACGGACUUCGGGGUGUUGAUGCUCAUGCUCUGUGCCAUGAACAUGGCCGGCUACUAUCUGCUGCGGCAGCGACUGUCGCCCAACUACGCCUUCCGGGCCAUCAAGAUCAUCGGCAGGUUCAUCAAGACGAAGAUGAGCAUAUCGCCCUAUUAAAUAGUAGAUUGUGUGCAAGUGUGCAAAAUAACUCACGAAAGUGCAAAAAGACAUUUACGGCGCGGGUUUCAAGGACGUUACAUCUAAGAUCGAAAUAAUUCUGCUACCUUGUGACUGCUUUUCACAUCAGUCACAUCAUCUGUAAGAAAGUUAUGAUUUUGUAAAUAAUUAGUUUAAUAAAACUAAAAAUUAUAAAAACAGUGUUUUAGAACAGAAAGGAAGAAAAGAGCUACUUUGGUACCUUGUAUCAGGGAAGAAGAAGGUCCUUUCCGAAUUGGUAAAGU